AUGACACAAAUGGAAGAACAAGAGAAACAAUUAGAGUUCGCGUUAGCGUCCGUUCAAAAACAAGGGGUGCACAUGAAAAUGUGCUUGGAUAAAAAUAAAUUAAUGGAAGCACUUAAACACGCAUCUGCAAUGCUUGCUGAACUUCGCACAUCUUUAUUGUCACCCAAGAGCUACUAUGAACUAUUUAUGAAAGUAACCAACGAACUAUGUUAUUUAGACUUAUAUCUAGUUGAAGAGUUUGAACGAGGUCGUAAAGUCGAUGAUUUAUAUCAAAUCAUACAGUACGCUGGAAAUAUUGUACCAAGACUUUAUUUAUUGAUUACAGUGGGCUUAGUUUACAUAAAAACAAAUACAAAUUUAAAACGAGACCUCUUAAAAGAUCUAGUAGAAAUGUGUCGUGGCGUUCAACAUCCUUUACGUGGUCUAUUUUUACGCCAUUAUUUAUUACAAUGUUCCAAAAAUGUAUUACCUGAUGUGCCAGAUAAUGAAGAAACUGAACAUCCAGAAGGCACCGUUCGUGAUUCGAUUGAUUUUAUAUUAAUGAAUUUUGCUGAGAUGAAUAAACUAUGGGUUAGAAUGCAACACCAAGGACAUUCUAGAGAAAAGGAACGUCGUGAAAAAGAACGUGAAGAAUUAAAAAUUCUUGUUGGAACUAAUUUGGUCAGAUUAUCACAUUUAGAUAGUAUUACAUUGGAUAAAUACCGUAAAGUAGUUUUACCUGGUAUUUUGGAACAAAUUGUUAGUUGUCGAGAUGCAAUUGCCCAAGAGUAUCUUAUGGAAUGUAUAAUUCAGGUGUUUCCAGAUGAAUUUCAUCUUUAUACCCUGAAUGUGUUUUUGAAGUCAUGUUGUGAGUUACAGCCAUCUGUGAAUGUAAAGACUAUCGUCAUUUUAAUGAUUAAUCGUCUAACAGUAUUUACUUUUCACAAUUCAAAUGCAUCUGAAGUGAAAUUAUUUGAAGUACUAACUGAACAAAUAGCCAACAUUAUUCAGAGUCGUGAUUUACCACUUGAAGAUACUGUGUCACUUCAAGCUGCUAUGGUCGGCUUAGCUCUAAAAUGCUAUCCAGAUAAUUUAGAUUAUGUGGAUAAAUCUCUCCAGACCAUUUCUGAUACAUUUGCUAAGCGUAAAAUUGAAAAAAUCAGUCAUAAAAAUCCAGUAUCUAGAGAGUUGAUGGCUCUAAUGAAAUUGCCCAUUGACAAUUAUAAUGAUCUUCUUUUAGUGAUGAAGCUUAAACAUUUCCCUGAAAUAAUCGAAUAUUUUGAUUACACUGGUCGUAAGACUAUUGCUAUUUAUUUAUUACAAAAUGCUGUUCAGUGUAGAACAAUGAUUCCAUCGGUUGAACAGGCUGACAUUGUUCUUACAAUGGUGUCUCCACUGGUUAAAGACCAGUCUGAUCAACCAAUUGGUGAAGAAGAUCCUGAAGAUUUUGCUGAGGAACAAAGUCUUCUUGGAAGAUUUGUUCAUCACAUGAAAGCAGAUGAACCCGAUUUACAAUUUAAAAUUUUAAUGGCAGAGAGAGAACAUUUUAGUUUGGGAGGAAAUAAACGAAUCUGUUAUACAUUACCACCUCUUGUAUUCCAAGCAUAUCAGCUGGCUUUGAUCUAUAGUGGAAAAAGAGAACAAGAUGAACUGUGGGAGAAAAAAUGCCGAAAAAUAUUCCAGUUCUGUCAUCAAACAAUUUUAGAAUUAACUAAAGCUGAGCUUGCAGAAUUGCCACUAAGAUUAUUUUUGCAAGGAGCGUUAACUAUUUCCCAAAUAAAUUUCAAAAAUUAUGAAACUGUGGCCUAUGAAUUUUACUCGCAGGCCUUUACACUAUACGAAGAAGAAAUAUCCGAGAGUAAAUGUCAAUUAGCUGCUAUUAUUUUACUGAUUGGUACAUUUGAAAAAAUUAAUUGUUUUGAUGAAGAAAAUGCUGAACCUGUUCGUACUCAGUGUGCUCUAGCUGCAUCUAAAUUACUUAAAAAACCAGAUCAAUGUCGAGCUGUAGCUAUCAGUUCUCAUUUGUUUUGGUCAGCACAAAAUAAUGUUGGACAACCGCUUCAAGAUGGUAAACGAGUUAUGGAUUGCUUAAAAAAAUGUGUGCGCAUUACAAAACAGUGUAUGGAAGUGUCUGUUCAAGUUCAAUUAUUUGUUGAAUUAUUAAACUAUUAUGUUUAUUUCUACGAAAGAGGCAAUAAUAAUGUAUCUGUGGAUAUAUUGAACCAGUUAAUAGGUCAGAUAAAAAAGGAAAUAACUGGUUUAACUCCAAAUGAAGAAACUGAACAGAUUACAAAACAUUUUGAGAAUACAAUCGCAUAUUUACAAAACAGAAUUGAAUCUGCCGAUACAGAAGAUUCAGUGUAUAAAGCUUUAGAAGGUUUAACGUUAUAA